GAAAAAAAAAAGGUAAAAAAAAACGAAAAAAAAAGAAAAAGAAGAAAACUCCAAUUUCCAAGUAUUUUUUUAAAUACAUGAAAAAAAACCAACAUUCCCUCAACGUGCUAUCCACAACUAUUAAAACUUGUUCAUAAAUAUUCAUCCUCUCUGCUGCAUCUCCAUCUGAUUCAUAUAUAUAUAUAUAUAUAUAUAUAUAUCCUUCAGUCAUCCUUCAAGCUUCACAAACCUCUUCAAUGGCGGUUCCACAACCACCAUUACCACCACCAUCUGAUCAUAAUCAUCAUCGUUCUCCGGCCAGGCCUCUCAUAUCUCUCCAACCAGCACAUGCAACAAAAAAUCCAUCAAAAUCAAAGAAGAUUUUCCGGCGAGUCCGCUCUGUUUUCCGGUCAUUUCCAAUAAUCACACCAUCAUGUAAAAUACCAGUUUCGAUCAACGGAACCCGAAUCAACGACGGACACAUCCACGGCGGGACUAAAAUGACCGGAACAAUUUUCGGGUACCGGAAGGCUAGAGUGAACUUUGCAAUCCAAGAAAGCUCUCGUUGCGUCCCUGUUCUUGUUCUGGAGCUCGCAAUUCCGACGGGAAAACUCCUCCAGGACAUGUCAAUGGGGCUUGUGAGGAUAGCUUUGGAGUGUGAGAAACAUCCAUCGGAUAAGACCAAGAUUGUUGACGAGCCUAUUUGGACAUUGUAUUGCAAUGGAAGGAAAUCCGGCUAUGGCGUCCGGAGAGAACCUACUGAUGAUGAUUUGGCUGUUAUGCAGCUGCUUCAUGCCGUUUCCAUGGGUGCCGGAGUUCUUCCGAUCGAAUCCAUUGAUCAAUCCAACGGCGAGCUUACUUAUAUGAGGGCACAGUUUGAAUGUGUUGUAGGGUCUAAGGAUUCUGAGACUUAUUACAUGAUAAAUCCUGAUGGAAAUGGAGGACCUGAACUUAGCAUAUUCUUUGUUAGGAUUUGAGUUAAUGUUUGUUUCUUGGGAAAAAAGAAAAUUGGGAUUUGGAUGGAAAGAGAAGAGUUAUCCACUGUAAUGGUUUUUUCACUUUUUCUCAUUGUGCAUGUAUAGGGAAGAAAAAAAAAAAAAAAAAAGACUGUAUAAUUUGG